CACAGGAAGCGGAAGUCUGAGACAGGAGGAGCUCUCCGUCUGACGGAGGAAGUGGACGGACUAUUGUUUAUGUUUUUACUGGAAAUCAACAAUAAAACACGCGAAAAUGUCUACGAUAUAGCGGCGAGCAGCAGGAUAAUUCGAAGCUGAACACAUUAUGCAUUUCUUUCAUUGAGUUGCUUUAUAUUUCGGUGGGAUUUGAGAAGGUUUUAAAGGGUUUUGUGUGUGUUGUGAAGGUGUAAGGCCAGUUCAUGACAUAAAUGAUCAAAUCUGAUUAAAAACUUACAGAGGAGCUUCAGUUACAGCAAACAGUGCCCGGCGGAGGUCAAACCCCAGUUCUCUCCACUCUCACUCCAGUCUAUUUGAGUUUUAUUGUUUUAAUCAAGGGUUUUCAGAGCUUUUAAGACCAUGUACGCACCCCCGGGAACUGCUGCGCCUGGAAACCGGAGGAGGAGAAGUGGAACGGCUCUACCCAAACAACCAGAGCGGAGUUUAGCAUCCGCGCUGCCCGGGGCGCUUUCCAUCACGGCACUCUGUACAGCCCUGGCAGAACCAGCCUGGCUCCGCGUCCAUGGAGGAACCUGCCCCAGACAGGAGCUCGGUGUCGCAGACGUCCUGGGAUAUAUAGAUGACAAACUCAUUGAGGAUUACUGUAUCAACUCUCAGUCCAUCCUGCUCUUGCGGGUCAUUGCUGCUUUCUGUUUCUUGGGCAUUCUGUGCAGCCUCACGGCAUUUCUGUUGGAUGUCUUUGGACCCAAACACCCAGCCCUCAAGAUCACACGCAGAUACGCUUUCGCUCACAUCCUCACAGUGCUCCAGUGCGCUACAGUGAUCGGCUUCUGCUACUGGGCCUCGGAACUGAUUCUGUCCCUGCAGCAGCAGCACAAGAAGUACCACGGCUCGCUCAUCUACGUCACUUUUGCCAUCAGCUUCUACCUGGUGGCCGGUGCAGGCGGAGCCUCCAUUUUAGCCACGGCGGCCAACCUGCUCCGUCAUUACCCCACCGAGGAGGAGGAGCAGGCCCUGGAGCUCCUCUCAGAGAUGGAGGAGAGCAGUGAAACAUACCCAGUUGACUACGACGUUGCCAACCAAUUCCAGCCUCCACCGGCCUACACACCCUGAUUGCCAACCGCCGUCGCCCCACAUGUUCUCUGCCCAAUGCCACACCUUUGGCCUUCAGAUAAAGCAACGAUGUUCAGAUUUUAGGUGCGCCAUCAAGAAUGAAUAUUUAUUCAGUAUUCCAGAUCGUGCAGAAUGCCCAUAUCCAUGCACGCAUUUAAAUGAGCGUUUUCCUUUGGCAGACAGAGCUUGCGUGCAUGGAAUAAAUCAAAGCGAAUAAUUAUGGCAUUGCUUGUAGAAUUCCAUUCGAAUUCAUCUUGCAGUAGUUUGCAUGAAUCUGGCAAUAAAAACCCACACAGAUUUAGAAAACUGAGUAUCUUUUUGGCACGCUUUAUUGUUGAUUAAAGACUUGAAGGGCAUCAUGCUUGUUGAAGAUGCAUUUACCGGCAGCCUCUUCGGCGUACUGUGGGGAAGUUUUUCCAAAGGCAUCUUUUUCUGUUUCAUCAAAGGUUUAUCAUGUUUUCCAUUUGAAAUGUUGAGCUGCACUUUCGACUUUUGUUCCUGUUUUUCAAUUGGUCACUUUCCUUUCAUUUUUUUAUCAUGCUAUCAAAAUAUCCUUUUAUUUAUUUUAAUUAAUUAGUCUACAGAUGCUGCCAUAUCUGCACACUUCCGGAUUCAUUUUUAAUCAGUUAUUGUAAUGUUACUUUAAUGCAAAUAUAGCUGCAAAUACCCAAGAUGGAUGGACAAAUUAUUUAUUAUAUAUUACCCGGUUGAAACAGACUCUCAAAGAAAAAAGAAAGCGGAUAUUUUAUGUACCUGCAAUUUGGAGGUUUUCAGGUUUGCCAACAUAACAUUGUGAGCGUGUUGUAUAUUAAUUGGAUUUGUUUUUUUAGUGAAAUUGUGUUUGCUGUAUUUUGAUAGUAAUAGUGUGAGCUAUGAACGAGUCUUAACACAUUCGAUCAUGAUUGUAUCCACGAUUCACUUGUCUAGCUUUUGCUCUGGUCUGAUUAUUUUUGAUAAAAUCACUGCAUGACAUUUGAUACUGCACAUGUGUUGCCUAAAUGGACUGUAAUUGUUCAGAUUUCACACAUGCUGUUCACUUUUGCAUACAGUUUUGGUUGUUUUUCUAGUAAUCUGGUGGUUUUGUGUUCUACUUAAUUUCACAUUUCCUUUCUGUGUUUCAUUUGAAAUACGUUUACUGACAUGGAAAAUAAAAAAAUGGAGCCCAAAUA